CGAGAUUAAGCGACUCACUCGACAGAAGAGUGAUCGAAAGUUGCGACGUAGAAGAAAGUGCAGAGCCGAGUGCAAUUGAACGCCCAGAAUUUAGAUUGGACGCUCAACGAACGUCUCCAUCGAGCUGAUAUCUCAAGGUCAGACCCUAAUCGCGGGCAGAGUGCCAUUCGCGAGCGGCAUUUGCACAUCUCUCCACCGGGACCCUCACAACCAACCUGGGCAAUCCCUGACAGCGGUUGCGGACAUGGACGCUGCCAAUCUCAUAGAGCGCGGAGACACUCCCGACGCGCUGGGCCCUGGCUCACCCAAGAAAGACUUCGAGACCUCGGAUCUGUACAAAAAUGUCUACGAUUACGUCAAAGAAUACAUGUCUCGAUACGACUGCUCUCACGACUUCAACCACAUCCUUCGCGUCGAGGGUCUUGCAAAGCACAUCCUGGCCGAGGAGCAGAAGGCGAACCCGGAGAAGAAGCUGCAUAAGCAGGCCAUACUACUGGCCGCCCUGCUGCAUGACGUCGGCGACAAGAAGUAUAUCAAGCCAGGUGAGAAUGCUGAGCAGAUGGUUUCUGGAGUCCUUGCUCGGAAUGGCUGUCCGCCACGGUUCGUGGCCAAAGUCUCACUCAUCGUGGAAAAUGUAUCGUAUACAAACGAGACGAAACGACCGCAAUAUGUGAAGGCCAUUGUUGGCGCACAUCCAGAGUUGGCCAUCGUGCAGGACGCGGACCGUUUGGACGCCAUUGGAGCGGUGGGCAUUGGUCGUGUGUUCGCCUUUGGAGCAGUGAGAGACACCGGCCGUGGAUUGCAGGGCAGUAUCGACCAUUUCACCGACAAGCUGGAAAAGCUUGAGAGUAUGAUGAAGACAGAUACCGGCAAGCGACUGGCAAGACAGCGGACGAGGAGGCUGCGGGAGUUUCGAAGUUGGUGGGAAGAAGAAAAUGAGCUUGUUCUGCCGCAGUCAUGAGAGUGACGGAGAGGUACCAAAUGGUACAGCGGCUGUGUCUUCUCGGACUGCUCGAUCCUGGAGGCGAUCGUACUGUGGUAGGUGGCCGGCGAAUGCAUAGUUUACAUAAUCCGAAUUGACAGAAUCUCCAAAGUUUCGCAUAGUCCUGGGCAAAGUGCAGAGCUCUUGACGUUGGCCUGGGCUCUCUUCUUGGCUGACGAUCCGGUUCGAAUGAGGCCAAUCUGAGCCAAUUUACCAUAGGACGGCAUGUCGUGUUGAUGGACCGCACGCUGGCACGCCACGUUGUAAGGGCGUACAAGUUAUCUAUCUGCACCUUUGAACGACCGUGCAGUCACGCCUCCAUAGCUGUGUCUGUAUCAUUUCAUAGCAGUUUGUGUAUCGGCCGGACCUGCACGACUUCAUGGAUGUUCUUGCACGGUGAGUUUGAGCAAGAGUGCUGCUCGUCUGUCUUCAUUCCCGGGAUUGCCAUGGUGGUCUCGAGCUCGGUUCCAGAGGCAUCCAAAUUAAAGCCGCAGGGAGAGUCUUUGGUUGUUCACUUCGCGGCCCAUGGCGGGCAGCAUUCUCCAGCAAGCCAUGCCCGGGCCAACCUGAUUUUCUUCUUCUUCCGGGAGCCACUCUGUCCUCAACCAGCCCUCUCGACGCUCUUCUUCACCUCGCUCUCGGGCGCCUUUUCGAACAAGCUCGCUGUCCUCCUCUUCAAGCUUGCGAUCGUCUCCUCCGUCGUCCUGCCUUUCUCCUUCUCCUCUCGAUUGACUCGUACGACGACUGCUGCGGCACCGACGCUCAUUGCGAAGAUGGGGUCAAUGGCAC